UCGAUGUUAUACUCUGGAGUCAAAGAGCAGCACAAAACCAGCAUGAAGAUCAAGUACGAGAGCUUAUUUGAGGGAGUGAAACUCCAGCAGAAUCAAACCCUCCUGAACAGCAUUUACACACAGCUGUACAUCAUAGAGGGAGAGAGUGAAGGAGUGAAUGAAGAACAUGAGGUGCUGCAGAUGGAGAAGAGAUACAAGACUCUCCAAGACACUCCAAUCAACUGCAAUGACAUCUUUAACCCUUCAGCUAAAGCAGGAGAUGAGGAGAAGAGCAGAGAGGAGAAAGAGCAGAUCAAGACUGUUCUCACUAAAGGCAUCGCUGGAAUUGGAAAAACCGUCUCUGUGCAGAAGUUCAUUCUGGACUGGGCCGAGGGAAAAGCCAAUCAGGAUGUAGAUUUCAUCUUUGUGUUUCCAUUCAGAGAGCUGAACUUGAUUAAAGAUCAUCAGUACAGUCUUCACACACUUCUGCUGGACUUUCAUCCUGAACUUCAGCAUCUGGACUCACAGAUUUAUGAGGAGUGUAAAGUUGUGUUCAUCUUUGAUGGUCUGGAUGAAAGCAGAAUCACACUGAUGUUUUCAGCCUGUCAGAAAGUUUCUGAUGUGAUUGAAGCUUCAUCAGUGAGUGUGUUGAUGUCCAACCUCAUGAAAGGAGAUCUGCUUCCCUCUGCUCUCAUCUGGAUCACCAGCAGACCAGCAGCAGCCAAUCAGAUCCCCUCAAAACACAUCAGCCUCGUGACGGAGAUUCAGGGCUUCAAUGACCCUCAGAAGGAGGAAUAUUUCAGGAAGAGAAUCAGAGAUGAAGAUCAAGCCAGCAGAAUCAUCUCCCACAUCAGAAGAGCAAGAAGCCUCCACAUCAUGUGCCACAUACCCGUCUUCUGCUGGAUCUCAGCCACUGUGCUUCAGAGCAUCCUGAAACAAGAUCUGAGUGCAGAAAUCCCUCAAACUCUGACUGAGAUGUACAUCCACUUCCUCCUCAUUCAGACACACAUGAGGAAGCAGAAGUAUGAAGAGAGAGAUCCAGAGAAACUCCUGCAGUCCAACAGAGACGUGAUUGUGAAACUUGCUGAACUGGCUUUCAAUCAGCUGAUGAAGGGCAAUGUGAUGUUCUACGAGGAGGACCUGAUUGAGAGCGGGAUAGACGUCGCUGACGCCUCAGUGUAUUCUGGGAUCUGCACUGAGAUCUUCAGAGAGGAAUCUGUGAUUUAUCAGAGGAAGGUUUACAGCUUUGUUCAUCUGAGCUUUCAGGAGUGUUUUGCAGCUCUGUAUGUGUUUUACUGCUAUUUACACAACAACACUGAGGUGAUGAAGAUGUUCCUCACAGGAAAACACAGAAAGAGUGAGAAAGUUCCUCUGGAUGUGCUUCUGAAAGGAGCGAUGAAUAAAGCCUUGGAGAGUAAAACUGGACACCUGGAUCUGUUCCUGCGAUUUCUUCAUGGCGUCUCACUGGAGUCCAAUCAGAGACUCUUACAGGAUCUGCUGAAACACACAGAGAACGACCCAGAGAGCAUCAAGAAAAUAACCCAAAACCUCAAACGAGGACAAAAAAACAACAUCAGUCCUGAAAGAUGGAUGAAUCUCUCACACUGCUUGAUUGAGAUGAAGGAUAAUUCUCUUGUUAAAGAAAUGCAGGCGUUUUUAACCUCUAAAACAAAAAGAAAAAAUCUGACUCUUGCUCAAUGCUCAACUCUGUCCAACAUGAUCCUGAUGUCAGAGGAGGCGCUGGAUGAGCUUGACUUUAAUAAGUACAACAUCAAAUCCAAAGAGGGCAAAAGGAGACUGGUGCCCGCCGUGAGGAACUGCAGAAAAGCUGUAUUGGCUGGCUGUAAACUCACUGAUCAGUGCUGUGAAGUUCUGUCUUCAGCUCUACAAUCAUCAAACUCCCCCCUGAGAGAGCUGGACCUGAGUAACAAUGAUCUGCAGGAUUCAGGAGUGAAGCUGAUCUGUGCUGGACUGAAGAGCCCAAACUGUCAACUCAACACACUGAGAUUGGCUGGCUGUAAUCUCACUGAUCAGUGCUGUGAAGUUCUGUCUUCAGCUCUACAAUCAUCAAACUCCCCCCUGAGAGAGCUGGACCUGAGUAACAAUGAUCUGCAGGAUUCAGGAGUGAAGCUGAUCUGUGCUGGACUGAAGAGCCCAAACUGUCAACUCAACACACUGAGAUUAUCUGGCUGUAUGGUGACAGAGGAAGGUUGUGCGGCUCUGGCUUCAGCUCUGAGCUCAAACCCAUCACACCUGAGAGAGCUGAAUCUGAGCUACAAUCACCCAGGAGAAGCAGCACUCAAACUGCUCUCUGACAAACUCCAACACCUCCACAAACUCAAUGUGGAUCAUGGAGGAGAACUCAGGAAUAAAUCAGGACCACAGAAAUACGCCUGUGAACUCACACUGGAUCCAAACACAGCACACACACACCUCGUUCUGUCUGAGGAGAACAGAAAGGUGACGUGUGUGGAGGAGAGUCAGUCUUAUCCUGAUCAUCCAGACAGAUUUGAUGGGUUUAAUCCUCAGGUUGUGUGUAAAGAGAGUCUGACUGGACGCUGUUACUGGGAGACUCAAUGGAGCGGAAAUGCUGCAAUAUCAGUGUGUUAUAAAGGAAUCAAGAGGAAAGGAGCGAGUGCUGACUGUGAGUUUGGAGAUAAUGAUCAGUCCUGGAGUCUUCAUUGCUCUGGUCACUCAUUCUCUGUCCGUCACAAUAAUAAAGACACACACAUCUCAGCUCCUCCAGACUCCAGCAGGACAGUAGGAGUGUUUGUGGACGAGUCGAGCGGCUCUCUGUCCUUCUACAGCGUCUCUGACACACACAAACUCACACACUUACACACAUUCAACACCACAUUCACUCACACACUCUACGCUGGAUUUAGCCCUAAUUAUAACUCUUCAGUGUCUCUGUGUCACAUUAUAUAA